UCCUCCUCCAUCUUCUGCACUUCUCCCUCCUCGAAUCUCCGUAGUGAAGGGGAGAGAAAAGAGGCAGAGGAACGCUAGGCUGAGAGGAAAGAAGAGGAAAAAAAGGAAAUAGAGAAAAUAGAAAGAGGAAAAGGGAAAAUCUAUACAGAGAAGGCGAAUAUAAAAGGAAACGGCAUUCACGGUGAGAAAAUAAAGAGAAAUGCAGAGAAAAGAUGGAGAGAUGGACGGAGAGUGAAAGGACUCAAGCACACGCACACACGCACACGCACACACACACACGCACACGCACACACACACACCUGGUUACCUUUUCAUCAUCAGCAUCUUUAUAGCAACUGAGUAAAUAGUCUUGUCUUUUCUCUAAACUAUUACUACUACUACUAUUACUACUACUACUACUACUACUACUACUACUACUACUACUACUACUACCACUACUACAAAAGCUUCUUGUUCCUCUUCUUUUCUCACAACUACACAACCUAAUUACACAAGAAUUACAACUACUUAUACUGACAAAAGGAGAGAGAUAGAGAGAGAGAGGAGAGAGAGAAAAAAGUGAGGAGACAGAUAGAGGAAGAGAAAGAGAGAGAGAAAGAAAAAAGCCAAACGAUCUCCAUUAGUCUUAGAGGAAACUUCAGUGGGUAAGAGAGGAAGAAGAGGAGGAGGAGGAGGAAGAGGAGGAGGAGGAGGAGGAGGAGGAAGAAGAAGAAUAAGGGGAGGGAUAAGAAUGAUUAUAUAAUGAAACGUGAGAGAAGCAGUGAGGAGAAGCUCUUAUGAGGAAGGUCUAGGAGGAUUAGCAAUAACUCAGGAAGAAGGAAGAGACAAUGAGGGAAGGAAAAGGCGGAUCCAUUCAUCUCUGCCUCUCUCUCCUGCUCGGUUCGCUCAUGGGCGGCGUGGGGGCUGGCACGGGGCUGUACAUGGGGCCUUACUUCCCCAGUCCCCAGCCCCGCAAUAUCACGGUACACCAAAACACCGUAGCGUACCUCCCCUGUACCGUGAAGCAGCUGGGAGACAAAACGGUGUCUUGGGUGCGGAGGCGUGACGCGGACAUCCUGACGGUGGACAAAUACACCUUUGUGCGUGACGAGAGACUCACGGUUCACUUCACACCGGAGUCUGACACAUGGACGCUGGUUAUCAAGUACGUCCAGGAGAGAGACGCGGGAACUUAUGAGUGUCAGAUCUCCACUGAACCCAAGAUGUCCAUGUUUGUCCACCUCAAUGUUAUAGUCCCGCAGGUGGAGGUGUCGGGCGCGGCAGACAAGUACGUGAGGAGUGGAUCAAGUGCACGGCUGGAGUGUACCGUAAGCUCCACCGUGCAGCUGCCUGACUACAUCUUCUGGUACCACUCCGGCGAUAGACUGCUGGAGUACGACCACCCGAGGAUAAAGAUCAGCGUGUCGCGGCGUGGAGGGCAGGGCAGCGAGAUGAGUGUGACGUCAACGCUUAUCAUCUCCAACGCCAAGCCCUCAGACGCUGGGAACUACACCUGUCUCCCUUCCAACCUCCACAACGCCACCACUGUCCUCCACGUGCUGAAUGACGAACACCCAGCGGCCAUGCACACGGGGCGGGGGGCAGCACCAGACCCCCUCCCUGUCUGGGGCGUGGUGGUGGUGGUCUGCCUUGUCCUCCUCGUCUCCAGGAGUCCACAAGAGGCGCGCGUCACUCUUCAUAUCCCUCGCGGCCUGGGCACUGAAGGAGGAGAGCGUGAGGGUGACAAAGAGCGGCGGGCUGGGCGUGAGGAUCCCCGAGCAGCUUCAGGAAGGGUUGACACGCACGCCAGCCUAACGUGCGGUCCUAAAGCCUCCUUCAGGAGUGACACGCUUGGUGGGAGAGGGCUGCCGGUCCACGCCAGCUGUCAGGGAACCGUCUUGGGGCGUGCUAUCGACAGAUUCACUGCUCCCCCCUGCUGCUCUGUGUCCCCUGCAGCUGACCCCGCCCCCCGCUGAGACUCUCCUUUUUCUCCUCCUUCAAGCACGGUCUCCUCUCCUUCCCUCAAGCUGCUAACGCCAUGUUUCCUCGCCACAACUCAAGAAAAGUGUUCCUCCCUCAAGCUCUUUUUGUCUUUCUUUUUCUAAUUAGUGUGUGUUUCCUGCGGGAGCGGAGCAGCGCCGGCCGUCAUUUGCCUGCCCGGGAGGAAAGAAAACUAAUAAAAGCGACGCCAAACUGCAUGAAUAAAUAACCAAAGAAAAAAAAAAAAA